AUGGCAUCCAAAACGAUUGCGAAUAUGGCUGGUAGAGUACCUAUUAGCACAUUUUCAAAGCAAAAACAAGUCCAACACAUGAUCAAGAAAUUGACAAUCUUCGAUGCUGAAAUGGCGUAUAUUGAUACAGGUUCUGGUCGAGGUGAUCCUGUAGUUUUCUUUCAUGGCAACCCGACUUCAACUUAUCUUUGGCGGAACAUUAUUCCUAUUGUGAGCGAUCAAUAUCGAUGCCUAGCACCCGAUCUUGUUGGUAUGGGCAACUCGACAAAGAUUGUAUCAGAGUAUCGUUAUGCCGAUCAUUAUAAUUAUAUCGAGCAGUGGAUGGAUCAAGUCCUACCCAGUGGUAGGGUUAAUAUUGUAUGCCAUGAUUGGGGCUCUGGAAUCGCUUUCAAUUGGUGUUAUAGGCAUCCAGAACGUGUCAACAGUAUCGUCUUUAUGGAAGCCUUAGUUGGACCAUCGUCUUGGAAAGGAUUUCCAUCAAUUUCACGUAAGGCAUUCCAGCGACUACGAUCAAAAGAAGGUGAAAAGAUGGUACUUGAUGACAACUUUUUUAUAGAAAAACUCUUACCUCUCAGUAUCAUGCGUAAACUCAGUGACGAAGAGAUGGAAUGUUAUCGUCGACCUUUCGUACAAAUGGGGGAAGCACGCCGACCUACCUUGACAUUUCCUCGUGAGAUUCCAUUUAGAGAAGAUGGUCCAGCAGAUGUUUUCGAAAUUGUCGUAAACUAUUCCAAAUGGUUAUCCAAAAGUACCGUACCUAAAUUAUGCAUACUUGCUGAGCCUGGCUUUUUCUCCAAGGGAAUUCAAAAGUUUACAUCAGCGUGGAACAAUCAACGUUUUGCUACAGUCAAAGGAUUGCAUUUCUUGCAAGAAGAUUCACCAGAAGAAAUUGCUCAACUUAUUCUCGAUUUUCUGCCAUCCUUUCAUUCGAGAUUAUAG